CAAUUUAUUUAUUUAUAUAUUUAUUAUGUUGCUAAAAGUCAAGUUAUUAUUAAGGCUGGAGUUUGUUGUUAAAUGUCUUUGCUUUGUACGAUUGUAGCUGGAAAUGUUAAGUGCUACAUGUCGUUAGCAAUCACAGCCAAUCAGUUUAUUCUCCUGUUCUGAACAUAUGAUUUGUUACUGUUAAGAUGUAUUUGAGUGGAUUUGUUGUUAAGAAAAGAGGUUAAUCUCAGAAAGAGAACCGUUUAGGCAAACUAUCCCGAUACCGAAAGUCGUCUCCAUUUCCACUCCAACCCUGAACACUCCCUGUUGACUUGUUGUGUUGUUACACACUGUACCACCUGUCCUCCUGGCAUUUCAAUUCUAUUUUCUUUCUUUUAUGUCGGACUGAGUUAAACCAUAAUAUUUCUUUUUGCCCCCGACAGGAGAAGGAGUUGUCAUUUGCUGAAAAGACAGAUGAGAUAACGUCCCCCAGGCACCCUUCCCCUCUACCACCGUUUCACUUCUUUAUUGUCUCUAACAAAGGGUUAUACAUGUGAUAGUGUGAGUAGCAGAGUGUGUGUGUGUGUGAAAAAAAGGAGGUGGAGUUCAGGUCAGAUAAACCUGUGGAAGUUCUCUUUCCUGUCAGUUUGUUCUGUGAAGUUAGACGAGUUGUCGUGGGAACCGAACCAUGGACUGGACCAGGACCCUGAUCGUGUGUUUGGGAUGUGGGCUUUGUUUUGUUCUUGUUUCGAGUCAGAGUCCAUCUGCAAUGUAUGCGAUCUCUGGUCCAGAAGUGUUGCAUGCUGGGACAUCCACCUCGCUGGCUGUCACCAUCUUAACAAACACCGGUGGUACGGUGACGGCCGAACUGGCACAUGGUGACAUCAGAGUGACGCAGACAGCGGGGUAUGAUGGAGGUGUGACCAAGGUCCUAACACUUCCUGCUAUUAAUGGCUCUCUUCCCCACAAUUCCCUCUUUACGUUGACGGUGACGGGACACAGGGGCAGUAGCGUCGUUUUCACCGACACUAUCAGCCUGAGAUACAACCUGAGGAAUGUCUCGACCCUCAUCCAAACUGACAGGUUACACUACCGACCCGGAGACACCGUGAGAGCCAGAGUGGUUUCUGUGCAGCUGGACAAUCUCCCGUUCAACGGGAAAGUCAAGGUGUCCGUGCAGGAUCCCAGUGGGAAUAUUGUCGACUGGUGGGAGUCCACGGGGAAUCUGGGCAUUGUUUUGCAGGAAUUUUCUUUAUCCCAGACAGCUCUUCUUGGACAGUGGACAAUCACGACAACAAUACAUGGUGUGACUGACGAGAAAAAAUUCACUGUGGAUCAUGAAGAGCGUCCUCACUUUGAUGUGAUAAUCAGCACAAAGCCGCAGAUUCUUGUUGACGAAGAUCUCACAGGAUCAGUCAGAGCAUUUUACCCUAGCGGUCAGCCUGUAGGGGGAACUCUAACCAUCUCAGUCCGUUUGGCCCCAGACAAGGAUAUGGACCGCGCAGCUUUAGCAAACGAGCUAACACAAAGUAAAGAGAUUUAUGGGUCGACUCAGUUUUCCUUCAGCAAAGACCAACUUCAAACCCUUCUCGCUUCUUCAGGAGUCAGUGGUGAAGUCCGAGUGCUGGUCGCAGCCAGUGUUACCAGCAGUUUCGUUGGGUCUGAUGAGAAAAGAACCGUGGAGGUCCGCCUGUUCCAGAACACAUACCAGCUAAGGUUCCACGAUUAUCCACCGUCAAUCAAACCAUCUCUAAACUUCUCUACAAAACUCAUGAUCUCCAGGUACAACGGAGAACCUCUCAGCUCGCAGGAUCUGACGGAGACGGUUGUGCUCGAAGUAACUCAGCUGAAAUCUACGGAGAUCGCUGACACGGAAACUCUGACCUUCCCAGUGCCACAGGACGGGGACGUCCACGUUAAUAUUAAAUUACAGGAUCUGGUGGAGAUACUUUUUAUUCGGGCGUUAUUUAAAUCCAGCGAGGAGACUCUGAGGGUCUACAACGACUUUGUGUCGCCCAGUAACUCAUACAUCCACAUCGCCCCGAUCGCUUCCCUACCGGCACAGGUUGGAUCAAGUUUCCAUGUCAACGUGGAGAGCUCAUUCAAACUGACUUCACUUCACUUUGUGGUGAGCUCCAAAGGUCGGGUACUUGACGCAGGAACGAGGAACUCGCCCUCAUUCUCUCUGACGCCAACCCUUUCCUGGUAUCCCGAGGCCUGCGUCACCGUCUACCACGUCCUCCCUGAUGGAGAGGUCACCAGCGACAAACGUCACGUACCUGUGAAACAACCACACGACAUCUCUCUCAGCUGGAGCAGCCCCCAGGCCCAGCCGGGUCAGCAGGUGUCACUCACCGUUUCUGCUCUGGAACCAGGAUCCCGACUGGGAAUUGUGGUCAUAGGGAUGCACAAUGACAGCGCUCCUGUGGCCGGCCGAGACGCAGCGGACGCACAGGACUGCUGCGUCUGGCUGCUGACCAACGCCACACGACACAGACAAAUGCAGUGUGAUGGAUCAGAGAGUGAUGGUGUUCAGUUGAUGGAGAAAUCCUGGAGCCACUGGUUGGACACCACGGCGUCCUUACUGUGGUCUGAUAGGACAGUUAGUGAACACACGUGGACGACGGGUGACGUCAACGUUCCAGAUACUGUUGAUUCUCUUGGAGCUGUGGCUCUGAUAAUGUCAGCCAGCCUGGGUUUGUCUUUCACUCCUGUGCCAAUAAAGCUGCCAGUUCUGAAAGAUUUCACCUUGUCUCUCAAUGUCCCAUCAUACCUCAUCAGAGGAGAGGAGAUCGUGUUGGAGAUCAACGUCAUCAACCACUUAGAGAUGGAGCUUACGGUUAUCGUGCUCCUUGCACAGAGUGCGGCCUUUGAGUUUGUUCUGGCAAAGGAAGGCGACGUCUCUGUGACAAAUGCUCAGAAACUCACCAUAGGAGGUCACACCACCGCCGUGGCCCGCUUCCCUAUAAGACCCGUAGCUCUUGGUGAAAUGGAAAUAUCAGUGGACGCCGUAUGUGCCGAGAGCUCAGACAGCCUGGUGCAGAUUGUGUUCGUGAAGCCCGAGGGAGUUGAACAGACCUUCACACAGACUCUGUUCCUGGAGCUGGCUCUCAAGAAGAACUAUUCCGAUUCCAUCUCCUUCUCCUUCCCACCAGAUGUGAUUCCGGGCAGCCAGAGGACUUAUGUGGCUCUCUCUGGUGAUCUCCUGGGCUUGUCCAUUGAUAAUAUGGACUCCCUGACCCCGAUGCCAGUGGGCUGCGGGGAGCAGAACCUGAUCCACUUCACCCCUAGUGUCUAUGUUCUCGACUACCUUGAAAUGAUGGAUGUGAAUAAAGACGGCAUCAGACAAAAGGCCAUGGAGCGACUGAUGGCGGGUUACCAGCGACAGCUGCUCUACCAACGAGACGACGGUUCCUUCAGUGCUUUCAGGGACAGAGACGCUCUGGGAAACACAUGGUGAGGUUAUACUCGACUUUUACUAAAAAAACUCAGGCUUCCUUUUGGAACUAAAUUGUUUUUCCUCGAAGAUGGAAUCAUGAUGUGGGGAACAUCUGCUGGGCUGAGGUCUCACGGGUGGCAGCCGUACUCUGCACAGAUUGAGAUGACCUCUUACAUACUGCUGGCUUUUUCGCUGCGAGGCGACUUCGAGCAGGUCUUUGACCCGCUGAAGUGGCUCUGUAAGCAGAGGAACUAUCUGGGAGGCUACGUCAGCACACAGGACACAGUGGUUGCUCUGGAAGCUCUGUCGUUUUACGCGGCGUUCAGCGGCGCCAGCGCCAUCGACCUCAGGCUGAAUGUCUCUGUCCCAGCAUUGUCACUUCAAUCUCCGUUUACCAUCAACUUUAACAACUAUCUCAAGUAUCAGACUCUGGAGCUCGAUGGCUACGAUGGUUCACCCAUUAACAUAAACUUCGAAGGACGAGGAUUCGGCCUGUUUCAGAUGAAUGUCUUCUACAACGUGGAGAGCGCGGCGUUGUCACAAAACCUAAAACCCACUGCGGACGACACCUUUUCCUUAACCCUCGAUGUUUCCGAGGAAGGAGACCACGACCACCUGCUGCUGUAUAUUUGCAUGAGCCUGAAGGAACAUCAGGUGAUAUCUCAGACAGGUAUGGUAAUCCUAGACGUGGGUUUACUCAGUGGUUUCACCGCGGUGUCCCCUGCAGCUGCUGCCACCACAGAUCUUAUCAGGAAGGUGGAGACAUUUCCUGAAAAGAUCUAUCUGUAUCUGGCUUCACUCAACAAGUCGGAGGUUUGCAUCAGUCUUCGUUUCAUCAAGAUCUACAAAGUGUCGCGUAUACAAGACGCUGUGGUACAGCUGUAUGACUACUAUGAGCCCCAGAGAAAAGCAGUGAGAACGUACAACUCUGAUUUCUUUCACAACAUGGACUCGUGUUUUUACUGUGGUCCCAACUGUGACGACUGCAGGCCAGGGAUCAGCAUCUCAGUCAGCCCUCCAAUCUUCUCCCGCUCAGGAAAUGCUGCCACCUACAGCCUGGGAUAA